UAAGAGUUAAGAGGUCUUGGAACCUCUCGUAUCUUUGCCACCCUUCUGUCUCUCGGAAGGGUUUUUGGUCUGCCUGAAAGACACGACCAUGGCAAUGAUCGAGUUUUCACAAGAAUGGAAGUCAGGAUUUCCAAUAGACACUGUGUCUAAAGCACCACUCUUACUCUCAAAAGAAACCUCAGAAUCCCUUAUUGGUCCACUUAUCUUCAACCCAAUCCCUGAAUCACUGGCACACCUCUUCACCUCUCCUGCUCUCGCACCUCCUCUUCUAAACCCACCACCCCAUCUUUCUCUCACAAGAUUUAUCUCCACUUCAACACUCGCUGACUCUCCUCUCCCUCACUCUACUGCUUCCUCUAUUGCCUUUUCUUUUGGCCCCCAAGAUCUACACUUUUCUUCUCCUUUGGUAGCUUAUCAUAGACUCCAGUUCCUUAAAUGCCCACAUGAUGAUACUGUUGUUGUGUUUUUUUCCACUGGGACUAAUCUUGACCGAGUUGGGUUUUUGUUACUUUCUGUUAAAGAUAAGAGCUUGGUGGCUACUGGGGAUCAAAAGGGUGGGAUUUUUACUGCUAGUAAGAGUUUGGGGUCAAAGAUUGUGAGGGUCUUAGUGAACCCCAUUGAGGAUGAUUCUUUUUUGAAUGGUAAUUAUUCCUUUUCUGGCUCUUUUGGUUAUUUGUUAGUUUAUACCAUGUAUUCUGUGAAUUGGUUCUGCGUUAAAUAUAGUGAAAGUAUGAAAAGGCCUGUUUUGAGUUAUUUAGGUUGUAAGAAUUUUAAGAGUUGUGGAAUUGCGAGUGCUUGUUGGAGUCCUUAUAUAAAAGUUCAGAGUGUGGUUAUGUUGGAGAAUGGUGCAUUAUUUUUGUUUGAUUUGGAAGCCGAUUGUUCCGAUAUGUAUUUUAGGGGUGCUAAAUUGAAAGUUUCGUGGGGUGAUGAAGGUAAGUUAGGAGAUUGUAAAUGGUUAGGGUGUGAGUUUAGUUGGCAUUGUAGGGUUUUGAUUGUUGCACGGUCAGAUGCUGUUUUUAUGAUUGAUUGGAAAUGCGGUGGUUUUGAUGUGACUUGUUUAGCAAGGAUUGAUAUGUUUAGUGCAUAUGCUCUUAGUGAAAGGGAACGGUUCCUAGCUAUGUCCAGGGCAGUUUCAGAUAGUCUUCAUUUUGCUUUGGUUUCUGAAACUAUGUUAGUUAUUUGUGAUGUGCGCAAGCCUAUGAUACCAUUGUUGCAAUGGGCACAUGGUCUUGAUAAGCCAUGUUUUAUUGAUGUGUUUAGAUUGUCUGAUUUGAGGUCCAACUCAAGGGAUGACACACAUGACUGGGCGAAUUCUUCAGGUUUUGGCAUUAUUUUGGGGUCAUUUUGGAAUUGUGAAUUCAGCCUCUUUUGCUAUGGACCAUCCUUUCCUCCUCGUAAAGGGUCCACUGCCUUGGAAAUUUCUAAAUUUUCCAGUUGUUUAUAUGCUUGGGACCACCCUUCAGGUCUCAUGUUAUCAGGUGAUGAUUGUCAACGUGGAGAUUGCCUUGUAAGAGAACAGUUUUGGAAGGAAGCUCUUCCUGAAUGGACUGAUUGGCAGCAGAAAAAACACAUAGUGUUGGGCUUUGGUGUUUUAAACAACGAUCUCUCUUCAUUGUUGUUUGAGCCUGAUGAAUUUGGUGGUUUUGUUUUAAUUAGAUUGAUGUCAUCAGGAAAACUUGAAUUACAGAGAUAUUGUGCCUCAUGGGAAUUGGUUAAAAAUAUAGAAGUGGCUCAAAGAGAUCCAAUGCUGCAUUCAGAAGACAACUUACUUUACUUCAUGGGUGAUGAGGAAUACAAGGUCCCUAGAAAAUUUAAGUAUUUUGAACUGAACUAUCUACAUGCACAUUUGAAUGGCAACCUUUCUCAAGUUCUCGAUUCAAGCAUGGCAAAGCCUUGUGAGUGUCCUCAUGAGAAGGAAAUGUUCAGCCUAGAAUUUCAUGAAGUAUUGUGCAAGAAGCUGAAAAUUUGUGGGUUUGGUCAAUUUAGAACAUCCCCCGCCAUUACAGUUACAUUUAAUGACAUAAACUUGCCAACAAGCAUCCAUGAGGUAGCUUUGAGGAGAAUGUGGGCUGAAUUGCCAAUGGAAUUCUUACAACUCGCCUUUUCCAGCUAUUCUGAAUUGCAUGAAGUACUUUUGGAUCAGAAAAGGGUUGCUUUGGAAUUUUCAGUUGUUCCAGAACUACCUCAAUUACCUCCAUUUUUCUUGCGGAAGCCUUCAAACCACAGCAGUAGGUGUUCACGUAAAGUGCAAAGUAGUGAUGCCCUUGUGGGUCCAGCUCUUCCUCUCGCUUUUUUGUCUACGCUUCAUGAGCUUCGUAAUGGUUGUCCAAAUUCACAGGAAGAAACAGGCGGAUUUUCAUCAGAAUCGGAACUCAACGUUCGAUGCAAUGAAGUUGUGCAGGUGGCCAAGGAAGUGGCUGUUUCAGAUUCCACAACCAAGCUUCAGGAUGAUAAUGCUAUCUCCCUUGAUGAUGACAGAGAUGACUUUUUGGAUCAUUCUGAAAAACCAAAGUCUUUCCUUCUAUACCAUCCAACUGCAUGUCAGCUCUCUUUUCAAGUUCACAAAGAGGAUAAUUGUGUGUAUCAGGAUGACAAGUUUGCUUCCAUGAUUACAAAAGUGCAUGAGAAACAGUCACCUCAUCCUGAAAAGGUGGAAACUUUCAAACUAGAGUUCUUUGAUGAUCUGUGCCCAAUCGACUUGAAAUUUGAUGCUCGUGAGGUGAAAUUUAGUUCACAAGAGUCGAAAAUUUCAAAUUUAUUGAAGAAGAACUUCUCAAAAUGGCAAGAGGAAUUCACUCCUUAUCGGGAAUUUUGUUCCCGAUUUACAUCCCCUUGUGACAAGAUGGCCUAAUGUAAGAUUUCUAUUGAUUGCAAUUUCUACUGCUUAUUUCUUCUAUUAUGGUUGUUUCGGUUUCUUAUAAGUUCAUCCCUUUUCCCUUUAAUUUUACUUUUUAAAACAUCUAUCCAGCUGAUGCUUGCAAACUGCAAACAUUAUUGUAUAGUUUCUUUUCUUUUUUCUUUUUCUCCCGGGACCUCGUUCUUCUCAUACUUGGUCUGAUGAACAGAGGUUUGUGAUCUGUGCAUAACGCUCCACUUGCAAGUUAUGUUAUACUGAUUCUAUAGUUUGAUGGUUUUCUUGCAAUUCCAUUAUUUACAAAUAGCGGGAGAGUGGUGAUUUUGCAAAGCAGCUGCACUGAAUUUGCAUCAAUUGAAGGCCUUGAAUAUCGAUGAACAUUCUUCCAGUUUGAUUCAUGUUUUUCUCAUACUUGACUUGUGCAAUCCUCAAGGUUCCAGUUCAACAGGUGAACUUUCCGGACUAUCCAUACUUGCAGGUUGUACACCUGGUCCGUUGAAAGCCCAUGUAUUUCAGUUUUAGUUGAAAAUAUUGUGUUUGAGGAUCUAUACUUCGACACAGUAUCAGUUUAUAGGAUGGUUAUGGCUCAUCAUGGGACCUCAACUUAUUGAAAGAGGAGGUAUCUGGUCAUGACAUUGACAUAGCAAGAUGUUCAGUUCCACUGAACUUUUUACGUUGUACAUACCCCCAAUUAGUUUAUAGAGUCUCAAUUCCAAGGCUUCUGAAUCUGUACAUGCUAUAUGAUUCGAGAAUUCCUUGCCUGGCUAUCUUGGUGCUUCUACCAUUGACAGGUAUUAGUAGAAGCUAAAUGCAGUUUAGAUGAAUGGCUUUAUCAUGAAAAGAGGAGGGGGGUCAAGAUUUCGUGACAAAACGAUUGGAUAAGCAUGAAUAUUGUGAGAGCCUCUUCUGCUAUUUGCAUAUCACAAAUGAGAGAGACAAAAUGGUAAACAUGACCCUGUAACUUGAAGAAUGGAUGCUUUCACAUCUUCACACAACGAUUCUCCAGAACUAGCUAUUCAAGCAUGCUGGACUGUGUUCUGAGAGAAAUUUACUUGAAUGGAUCUCAAGACACAACACAGGUGAGAUAUAUCUUGGAGUGCAAAUGAUCUAACAUGAGAAACUGAUAGUGCCUUCUGGAUAACAAAAUUUCCAAAAGGAUCCACAAGGAGCAUGGAAGCACCUCGAUUGCUUAGGAACUCCAAGAUUAUUUGCGUGGAUUGAUCCUCACUUGUUGUUAACAAGCAUUUCUCCACAACAUUACUUCCAUACUUGUUACAAGAAAGAGCAAUGUAACUCCCUUCAAACUGUGCGAGGAGAUUUUGUGA